GAAAACGAACAGUUUACCUACUGUGGACUUGAUGACAAAACCAUCAGAAGAGUGUUCAUUCGAAAGGUCUUCGCAGUGUUGAGUUUGCAGCUGGCAGUGACAUGCGGCUUUGUGGCUCUCUUCACAUUUGAGCCACACACUAAAAAGUUUGUACAGGACAAUAAGUGGCCUUACAGGAUCAGCUAUGCGGUAUUCAUUGUACCAUACUUUAUCAUCAUCUCCUGUGGAGAGUUUCGCAGAAAGCAUCCAUGGAACCUCAUUGCCUUGUCCAUUCUGACUCUUGCCAUGUCCUACAUGAUUGGUGUGAUCUCCAGCUCCUACAAAACAGACGUCGUUUUAAUGGCUGUUGGUAUUACGGUGGUGGUUUGCUUUACAGUGGUAGUGUUCUCUCUGCAGACCAAAUAUGACUUCACGUCCUGUUAUGGAGUGCUGUUUGUGUGCACCAUUGUACUAAUAGUCUUCGGAAUCAUGUGCAGCUUCAUGCACAACAGGAUUAUGAUCCUCGUCUACAUUUCAGUGGGUGUAGUGGUUUUCACUUCUUAUUUGGCCGUGGACAUACAAAUUCUUCUAGGGAACAAGAUGCUCUCUCUAAGUCCGGAGGAAUACAUCUUUGCUGCACUCAAUCUAUAUCUGGACAUCAUCCUAAUAUUUUUAAAAAUUUUGAAAUAUUUUCGCGAAUAGAAUUCCAUCACUGUAUAACAGAAAUCAUGCAUUAAACAUAAACCUGUACUAAGAGUUAACUCAAAAAUGCAAAUUCUGUAUUUUUUUUAAUUGUAUAUAAGGAUAUUUCCCUAUUCUUGUACCCAUAUCCUCUUUUGAAGUAUAUCUGCAUGUUUGAUUAUUUUUUUUAUAAUUUGUUGGUAAUCUCGCUAUUAGUGUUUAUUUUAGUGAUUAUUGGAAUACAGUUGUAAGGCGUGGUGCCAAUGUGUUUGCAUUCAAAGGCAGAGAGCAAAUGUAUGAUCUUUGAACUUUCUCACAAUUAGCAACUCUUCCUGAGGCACCACACCCCACUGAGCGAAGAUUGCAAAUUCACACCUCAUUGUUGCCCUUCCACAUCUGUCCCAUUCUCUCCUCUCUCAUCCUCAUCCAUUCCCCUUCAGCUCAGAAUCACCUCAAUCUCACCUAAGAUCUGUAUGUAACAAAAGACCAUAUCUGAUGUAUACAAAUAAUGUAACUAGUGUAACAUGUUUGGUAUCAUUUAAAAUGUCUCAGUGCGACUGGUAUAGUGUUCUUUUUCCCAGGUUUGUAAAACGUAAUGACAACAAAGUUAUAAGGUCUUUGCCAAAUACUGAAUAACUCUGGAGGUCUAUCCCCCUCCUUGAAGGUUUAACACCAGGAAGUCAAGAACCCAUUCACCCCCAAAUUAUAAUACCAUUUGGUACACAAUGUGUAUUCUGUCUGGAUAUUUAAGGAAGGCUGGCUCAGAGCUCAGGAUUCUCUGUAGUCUGAUGAUCCCACACCUCGAUGUGUGCAACUGUAAUAAUAGGAAUCUGCAUUCAGAUUUCCCAUGCUUUGCAAUUACAUAUAGUUUUCUUAACUGCCAGGUAUGUUCUUUGACUUGUCAUAACUUGUGUUUUAAAUCC